AUGGCCGCGUACGACACCGACAGGCGGUCGCCCAUCGGGCCCGCCGCCGACCACGACGCCGUCCGGGAUAUUGAGAGGACCGGCGACGACGACAAGGCCGCCAUCCUGGAACCACAGCUCGGCGUCGGCGGUCACGGCCGCACCGAGCGCCGCCUGCGCGACUACCAGGUCACCAUGAUCGGCUUCUGCAGUGGUAUCGGAACCGGUCUCUUCAUCGGCGCGGGCUCCGCCUACGCCAAUGCCGGUCCCGCCGGCUUGCUGCUCGCCUACCUCGUUGUCGGCGCCGUUCUCUGGUGUGUAAUGCAGAGCAUCGGAGAGUUGGCGACUUUGAUCCCCACCGCCGGAUCGUUCCCCCACUGGGCUACCCGCUUCAUCGACCCCGCCGUCGGCUUCUCCCUCGCCAUCUCCUACGGAUACUGCUACACCAUCGCCAUCGGCUCCGAAGCCUCGGCCGCCGCCAUCCUGGUAUCAUACUGGACCGACAUAACCCCGGCCGUCGUGAUCACCGUCUCCCUCGUCCUGAUCCUCGCCUCCAACCUGGCCAGCGUGCGCUGGUAUGGCGAGGCCGAGGUCAUCGGCGGCUCCAUCAAGGUCCUCUGCUUCAUCGGUCUCGUCUUCACCUCCAUCAUCAUCACGGCAGGGGGCGGGCCCAACCACGAGGCCAUCGGCUUCCGUUACUGGAACAACCCGGGCGCUUUUGUGGAAUACAACGGUAUCGCGGGAUCCUCCGGCCACUUUCUCGGCUUCAUGGCCGCCUUCGUCAACGCCUCCUUUUCGUUCAUCGGUAUCGAAACCGUCGUGGUGGCCGCGGCCGAAUCCAUCAAUCCCCACAAGGCCAUCCCGAACGCGGCCCGCCGCGUGACGCUGCGGAUCGGCUUCUUCUACAUCUUCGGCGCCCUCCUCAUCGGCCUCAUCGUCGACCCGCGCGAGCCGGGCCUGGUCUCCGGUACCGGCAACGCCAACAGCUCGCCGUGGGUCAUCGCCAUCCGCCAGGCCGGCAUCAACAUCCUGCCCUCCAUCGUCAACGCCUGCAUCCUCGUCUCGGCCUGGUCGGCCGGCAACUCGUACUGCUGGGUCGGCUCGCGCAUGAUCGUCGCCAUGACGACGGACAGGCAGCUGCCGCAGGUCUUUGGCCGCACCAACAGGUACGGCGUUCCCUACGUCGCCGUCAUCACCUCCUGGCUCUUCGGCCCCCUGGCAUACCUGAGUCUCGGUUCCGGAGGUGCCGCCGAUGCCUUCCAGUGGCUUCUGAGCUUGAGCACCGUCGCCGGCCUGAUCGCGUGGGCAACGCUCUGCUUCUGCUACAUCCGGUUCCACCGCGCCAUGAAGGUCCAGGGCGUCAGCCGUGACACCCUGCCCUGGAAGGCGCCUCUGCAGCCGUAUGCGGCCUGGUUCGGCUUCAUCGGGUCCACAGUCAUUACCCUCGUCGCCGGUUUCUCCGUGUUUCUCGCUGGCAACUGGUCGACUGCUGACUUUAUCGCGUCGUACAUUGGCAUCCCGAUCUUCAUCGUUCCCAUUAUCGCCUGGAAGCUGUAUCACAAGACUAAGUUUGUUCGCGCUCACGAGAUUGACCUUUGGUCGGGCCGCCUUCAUGAGUCGGAAUACGUCCCCGAAAGGCCCAAAGCAACGACGUUUAAGGGCCGCGUCAAGGACUGGUUCUCAUAG